AAGGUGUCUGGCUUCGCCAGGUCCGCGGUCCCCGUGUCCUUCCCCACGUGUGUCCAGGCUGUCCCGUCCCUGCGCCUCGCUGUAGAACAGGCAGCCAUGCUGAAGUCCUUAAGCCGUGCGGUCAGCGUCGCCGCUCGCCUUUCCACCAAGGCCCCCGCCCGCGCCGCUGAGGCGCUGGUUGGUCCGGCUCUGUGCGCUCCCAGCUCGGCUUCCACUCGCCCGUUUACUCGCUCCAUCUGGAUGCUGUGCAGCAGCAACGGCGCAACUUCGGGCUCCAGGCCGAAGAUCUUAACCACCAAGAGAGUCCUUCCUUCAGUGCCCUGCGGCUGCGGGGGUCUCCACACAGAAGGUGACAAAGCCUUCACAGAAUUUCUCACAGAUGAAAUUAAGGAGGAGAGGAAGAUCCAGAAAAGCAAGACCCUCCCCAAAAUGUCGGGAGGAUGGGAGCUCGAACUGAACGGCACGGAAGCCAAACUUGUUCGCUUUAUCUCUGGAGAGAAGGUGACGGUCACAUUCAACAUUAACAACAGUAUUCCCCCAACCAUGGAGGAGGAGCCAGAGCAGGGUCAGAAAGCAGAAGACAAUGAGCCUGACCUUGUCUCCACACCUAACUUUGUCAUUGAAGUUACAAAACAGGGGGCGAAAAAUUCCCUGGUGUUUGACUGUCAUUUUCCAGAAGAUGAGAUUGGUCAUGGCGAAGGGGAAGAGGAGAGUGAUAUCUUUGCCAUCCGGGAAGUGAGUUUUCAGCCUGAAGGAGAUGCAGACUGGAAAGAGACCAGCUACACACUCAAUACAGACUCUCUGGACUGGGCACUGUACGACCAUUUGAUGGACUUCCUGGGUGACCGGGGUGUUGACAACACUUUUGCAGAUGAGCUGGUUGAGCUUAGCACGGCAUUGGAGCAUCAAGAAUACAUCAAGUUCCUGGAGGACCUCAAUAGCUUCAUCAAAUGCCACUGAUGUUCAUAGUUUUGCACAGUCUCCACUUCUACUGUUCUUUCAGCUUAUUUGAAAUACUAAAGGACAACAACAAAAGCAAACAUGUUUUAUACUUUAUUUUAUUUUGAAAUAAAUUAAGCAUAGCAUACAUUGUGAAUGUUGAGGUGUAUAAACCAGCUCAGUUGGUUUAAAGAUAUUGACAUUUAAGGACUGGAAACAAAACUCAAGAUGUCUUGGACAUCAUUAAAGCCUCUAGUCCUAGACUGGUGAAUUGCCCUUUACUGGUUAAAUGUAGUCCAACUGUCAAAUGUCCUCAAAACAGUGUCAUCCUGUAACCAGUUAAAAUGAAAGUUUAAUAUUAGGAAUUGUUAAAGAAAAGAUGAUUGUAUCAUUCUGACAUGGAUGGUGGCAUUCAAAAAAUAAAUAUAAAUCAGUCCUA